GGACACACAGCUCUUCACUCAGGAUGACAGUGUUUGUGCACUCACAUAGACACAGACAUAGACAUACACAUACAGACACAGACACACACAUACAGACAGACAGUCAGACAGACUGAAAAAAGUGAGUUCAGGCUACUGUACAGACAGACACGAGUGAGAAGAACAAAGGACAGCUGUACUGUACCAGCCCAGCCAACACAGCGCCAUAAUGCCACUCACACACAUAAGAGGGAUCUCAUUGACUGGCGACGGCUCGGUCCCAUUGAACAUAUGGUCGCAGACGUGGCCAGCAUCAGCCGACCACCGUCUUGUCUUGUGGUGCGUCAUUGGCUUGCUGCCUAGCCUUCCAUUCGGCAACCGCCUGGUUCAGGAUCUCCAUGUAAUGGUCCUUCAGACCGGCUCUCUCCAGGUCCUCCCACGAGGCCACCCCAUCGCCGUCUAUGUCGAUGGCCUUGAAGUAGCCGAGCGGCUUCCGCUCCGUCGAGAGCUCCAAUGAUUUGCAGAUCAUCUCCUGAUUGGUGGGUGAGGGAGGCAGCACACACACACACACACACACACAUCCAUUCUCGGUUGGUUGCUCAGUCACAUUCAACAAGCGCUACCAUGGCGCAGUUGAAGUCCUCUUGCGGCAAAGUGAGGUAGACGGGCUCGCAGAUGUUCACCACCCAGUGCUCUCCUGCACAGCCAACAACAGACAGACAACACACACACACGGGGAAUCAACGAUAGCUGAACAUUCAUGUGUGCAUGGAGGUGCCCUCCGUCCACAGCCCACCCUUGUCGAGCUCGCGCCACAUGCCCUGAUAGAAGUCCACGAAUGCCCUAUCGUCUUGGCAACACUUCUUGUGUGCGUCGACAAGCACUCGCAGCUUCCAGUCGAGCUCCUGAGUGAUUGAUGCACACGACAGACAGACACGUGUGUAUGUGGGUGUGUGUGCAUGUAUCGCCCACACACCCACUCACCUGGUCGAUGGGCCGCAUCUCGAUGAUGGACGCGAGCGCAGCAAUUCGGCCCUCUGUGUCUUCCUCGUUGGACGUCUCAAUGUCCCUGAGAGAGAGACGUGGGCAGGGUCAGCAAGGCGCACACACAUCCAUCCAUCCAUCCGUGUCCUUGAGCAUGGCUGAGGCUACAGAUGCUGGUCUGUCUCACCAGCCAUGCUGCCAGCCGCUGUUGAGAAGCGCAUGCUCGACGAAGGCCUCGAACAAUAGCGGGCAGCGGAGGCGCUCCAUCCGCAUGGAGAAAUCGAUGCGCAUGCUGUCGAGGUCCAUGUCUUUCUCCACAGCCAGGCCUUGGUAGUCGUGUUGCUGCUGAAUGAACCACCGUCGCUUUCCUGGUCUGAAGCGGAAGAUCUUCCGGAAGAGCGCCUUCACAGGCCUGGGCAGUUGCUUGAUGUUGAUGGCAUGAUGCCGAGUGAGGGGCAGAUGGCUGCUUGGAGGGGAAAGAAUGUGGGUGUGCGGGGCGAAGGCAACGACCGUGGCCAGAGAGACGACCACAAGUAGAGCCAAGAUGCCGCUACCCGCCAUUCUCAUGGCCUGCAAUGGAAUGCACGUGCGUGAAUGAAUGACAAAUGACAAAUGACAGAUACAUAUACAAAUCUUUGUCUUACCGAGCGCUUGUGGUCUGAUGGUACAGAUUUUCAGGAGCGGGAGGGGCAUUCGCGGAGUGGUUAGUCUUUG